AUGAUUAAUCCCAACAAUGACGUGGUGUACUUGCCGCAGUGGUACGUUGAAGACCGAUUUCUGCACAGCGAGGCGAUCCGGGCACUCAGCGACAACACCGAAAACCUGACCUUUGCGCGGCUGUUCCUCAAUCCCUCAAACCCGACUCACCGGGACACCAACCAUCUGCACAUGGACUUUUUCAACCUGGAGUUUCCCACUGCCGGACUCGUUGCCCUGGCUGACCCGCCCGAGAACAUUGCACACAUCACCAAGGUCACAUACAAGACCCAAGGGCUUGUGCCACGAUGCACGAUCGAUACGACUCUGCACCACCCAGAACAGAUUAUCAAGGGGUUCGACGACUGCGGGUUCGCGCUUGAGCGCGAUUUGGACGACACUGUGAUGAAAAUCGAUGGGCUAGAGCCGAGCGAGUUCAAGACCAGCAAGCGGGUGCGCAGGUGCUCUGAAGGCGACAUCGGGGAGCUAGCGAAGUGCAAUGCCUGGUGCUUUGGGUACGACAAGCAGGGAGAUACUGCAUGGCUGGACGAAAAGCUGAGGCGGCAGGUGCUGAAUAAUGACACACAGGUGUGGAUGCUAGAGGAGAAGGCGUUUGCGGUCGUGUUUGUACCGCGGGAAAAGGCCCCCAAGCUCGCGCGACAGGGUCUGGCAAGCGAGAUUAUCCAGCAUGCACUGGCGCAUCUGGUGCCUGGUAUGCGCGUGUACUUGGACGCCUUCGAGGAGGGCUCGAUCCGGAUGUACGAGCGCCUUGGCUUUGCCAAGCUUGACGGCUCGCGGACCCUUGUGUCGCUACACGAGCCACCCCUUGCAUCUGUUCAUAGACUCAAUGGGCAAGUUCUUGACCGCAUCAUGGGCUUUGCGCACACGUCAAACAUGUUUGCCUUCUGGGACACAAUCGAUAGACACAAGACGCUGUUGAAAUACGGGACAAUCAUGGCGUACCGGAUCGUUGGCGACGGCACAUUGGUGACUGUACCGGAGCUCCCACCCACGGUUGACCGCAGCACGGUGCUGAAUUCGCGCAUUCUGAUUCUAGACAUCGCUGGGCAGCCAAACGAGCAGGAGUUUGCGGCAUCGGCAGACCAGAUUGUGCGCACUCUCUACCUGAACAUUGACCUCGGGAACGGCUCUGUCCUCUUCAGCAACACAGUGCUGACAGCUAUCCGCCUACUGGCACGUACGGUCGGCGAGCACACACCAAGGCUGCAUACCAUUUGGUACAAUUCCCCACACGACGAUGUGGUCGCCUCACAUCGCCACAUGUUCAGCCGCAUUCUCAACCCGCGUAUCCGCCACAUCAACCGCAUCCAUCCAUCUGUCGACCAGUACAUUGUAUUCCAGACAUUGGAGCGUUUAAGGCUCGAAUUUGACGAAACCCUGUUACCCGAAGGCAUGGCUCUAGGCGAGCGCAAUUCUCUCCACAUGUUUCCAGCGCUGCGUGUGCUCGAAAUCGGUGCAUUCGCAUACGACGUUCAGGUAUUCCUACGCCUGUUUGCUGGGGCACGCAAGCUAACGACAUUGGCAAUGGCCGAAUGCAACAGGGGGAUCACAGAUAUGGCAUUUGACCAGCUGCCGGAUACACUGCGCCAUCUGCGUGUAUCAUUUGAUAUGGCCAAAUGGACAGACCCCGAAAAGACGCUUGUGCUGGGUAUUACCAACACGCCGCACCUGCUGAACCUGCCAAUAGCCGCUAUAUGGCACUGGGCGCUCCGCGACCUCACCAUCGCAGCGCCAGUGCGGUUCAGACGCUUGGCAAAAUUCAUAUCAGUGUUUCCCAACCUCCACACACUGCAUUUGGACCUAGUCGACGAUGGCGACGACGAUGGCGAGAAUGGCAGCGACACAUAUCUGCCGCACGGCCCAGUAAGCGAAUCGCUAAGGCUGCUGCAUCUGACGGCUGUAUCAACCGCUAUGGAGAACGCCAGGCUCGAGUUUGGUAUAGUACUUGUAUUGGCACGCAUCCCAUCGAUCCGCACCCUCAUUGCACCGACGCUCACCAAACGACUAGUGCAGCAGUGCAUCAGGUAUGUGACCAGCAACGAGCUGAUAACAAACAGCGGCGGCCACCUGCACAACCUCAAAUGCAGAUGCGCUCCCGAGUAG